CUAGGACCACUUCCUGAAGCGCGGGGCAGGAAGUUAUUUGGUGUAGCUGGAGUCCCGUGGAGAAAGUGCUGUGUGUCGCAUUGGUAGUGGCGCGAACGGUCCGGUCUUGCUGCAGUUAGUGCCGGUUUCCAUCGUAGCACCACGGCCCCUCUUCCAGCUCCGAGCCCGGCGCGGCUGCCCGGGGGGCUCCUUCAGCCUCCUUGACGCCGCUCCAGGGGGCGCUUACCUAGCCAUCGCCUGGGUCUCCAGCCUGGAGACUAGCUCCCGGCUUCCGCUCUCCGAGCCGCAGUAAGAAGGGCCCUUGUCACUCUCGCUCUGCCUUCCUCUGUCAACUAUCGAGACCCUGGUCCAGAGCGGCAGCCUUGGACCUCGGACUAGACGGAUCCAAGACGCUCAGCCCAGACCCCCCUCAGACAGGGCUUUUCAUCGUGUCUAAAAUGUCACCCACCAUCUCCCACAAGGACAACAGUCGGCAACGACGGCCAGGGUCUUUCAACCCCUCCCUGGAUAUGAAGAGCGGCCCUCUGCCGCCGGGCAGCUGGGAUGACACUCAAGUGGAGUGGGUGGGCGGAGAAGGGGACAAAGAAGCUUUUCUUUCGGAGGUCGGCACCGGUGAUUUCCCAAAACCACCAAGGAGUUGCCAGGCCGAAUUAAGCAGCAUUUUCCUGUUGCUUUUUCUUUACGUACUUCAGGGCAUUCCUCUGGGCCUGGCGGGAAGCAUACCACUCAUUUUGCAGAGCAAAAAUGUUAGCUAUACAGAUCAAGCUUUCUUCAGUUUUGUCUUUUGGCCCUUCAGUCUCAAAUUGCUCUGGGCCCCAUUGGUUGAUGCGGUUUACUUUAGGAACUUUGGUCGUCGCAAAUCUUGGCUUGUCCCUACACAGUAUACACUGGGAGUCUUCAUGAUAUAUCUAUCCACUCAGGUGGACCGUUUGCUCGGGAAUACCGAUGGCAGAACCCCCGAUGUGGUUGCUCUCACAGUGACAUUUUUUUUGUUUGAAUUCCUGGCCGCCACUCAGGAUAUCGCUGUGGAUGGUUGGGCAUUAACUAUGUUAUCCCGGGAGAACGUGGGUUAUGCUUCUACUUGCAAUUCAGUGGGCCAAACAGCGGGCUACUUUUUGGGCAAUGUUUUGUUUUUGGCCCUUGAAUCUGCUGACUUCUGUAACAAGUAUCUGCGGUUUCAGCCUCAACCCAGGGGCAUCGUUACGCUUUCAGAUUUCCUUUUUUUCUGGGGAAGUGUAUUUUUGAUAACAACAACUUUAGUUGCCAUUCUGAAAAAAGAAAACAAAGAGGUAUCAGUAGGAAAAGAAGAAACCCAAGGGAUCACAGAUACUUACAAGCUGCUUUUUGCAAUUAUAAAAAUGCCAGCGGUUCUAACAUUUUGCCUUCUGAUUCUGACUGCAAAGAUCGGCUUUUCAGCAGCAGAUGCAGUAACAGGACUGAAACUGGUGGAAGAGGGAGUGCCGAAAGAACAUCUAGCCUUACUGGCAGUUCCGAUGGUUCCUCUGCAGAUCAUACUGCCUCUGAUUAUCAGCAAAUACACCGCAGGGCCCCAGCCACUGAACGUGUUUUACAAAGCUAUGCCCUACAGAUUAUUGCUUGGAUUAGAGUAUGCUCUGCUGGUUUGGUGGACUCCUAAAGUAGAACAUCAGGGGGGGUUCCCUGUGUAUUACUAUGCUAUAGUGCUGCUGAGUUAUGCGUUACACCAGGUUACUUUGUAUAGCAUGUAUGUUUCCAUAAUGGCUUUUAAUGCAAAGGUUAGUGAUCCACUCAUUGGAGGAACUUAUAUGACCCUUUUAAAUACCGUGUCCAAUCUGGGAGGAAACUGGCCUUCCACCGUAGCCCUCUGGCUCGUCGACCCCCUCACGGUGAAAGAGUGUGUAGGAGCGUCAAACCAGAACUGUCGAACACCUGGUGCUGUUGAGCUUUGCAAAAAACUUGGUGGCUCGUGUGUUACAGCACUGGAUGGUUAUUACGUGGAAUCCAUCAUUUGUGUGCUUAUUGGAUUUGGGUGGUGGUUCUUUCUUGGUACAAAAUUUAAAAAGUUACAAGAUGAAGGACCGUCUUCGUGGAAGUGCAAAAGGAGCAAUUAAUGCAUUCACUAUUGGGCAUUGUGAGAAAGGUAACUAUAGUUUAGUUUUAAUUCAGAGAGCUAUGAUAAUCAGUGUACAGAACAUAAAAUGUUGUUUUCAACAAGGAAAUUAUUACUACAAAUGCCAAAUGGUUAAAAAACAGACCUCUCUCCGUACAUGAUUCUACUUUUCCUUGCCUUGUCAAUGUAUUUACAGUUUACUUAAGGUCAGGAAAUGGGUUCUGAAACAACUUGCCUGGCCUUCUUAUUUGAUUUCUGUCUUUCAAACGGACUGACCAAAGUGUGUUUUAAGCAGCAGUACAGUAGCCACAAGUGGUGCCUGUGCAGUCGAGUAUUGUUAUCGGUGUCUGUCACUGAGCUAUAUUUAAAAUUUUGAUAAAAUAUAGUAAGUGGAAAAGAGCUUGAUAUUCCCAUACUAACUGUGAUACUCGUGGCCUGUUGAAAGAUAAAUCUUGUUCUGAAUUGCAAAUUGUUAAAUUCUUCGUGGAAUUUCCUGAGAAGAGAAUUUAGACCACUGACUGAAAUGCCACUUUAGUUGUUUUUCUGACCACAACCAUGUAGUACUCAUGAAUCUGUGUUAAAAAGUCUAUUUUAAAUGUAAUUCCUGCUUUUGUAGGCAUUAAAGAUUUAUAAGAUUAUUCAAACUAUUUUUUAUAGAAUGAAAGCUAUGAUCUUUAAUUUAUUGAUUCCCUUGUCUACCCUUUUUGGGAAGAUAUUUUGAUUCCUCGUUAACUUUUACCCUAACGCUCGCACAUGUUUUUUGCCACAAGCGCUACAUGGCACACAGAAGUCUCAUUAGCGGGUCAAAGGUAGUGUUGUGUGUGUGUUCUUAGCACAAGUGUUGGAGACAAAAAUUGGAUGCUUCCCUUCAAGUCCUUUUUUUUUUUUUAUGGAGAGAAAUAGUAAAGCUUUCAGAUUAAGUAAAAUUUAAGUGAAUAAUACUGUAAUUUUUUUUAAAUGUUCUAUCUAAGGAGAGGAGCAAAGACAUUUUGUGCCUUUGACAAAUUAAAUUGUGGUGGAAGAAUGGUUCUUAAUUAAGCACUUUACUAGUGAGAAAAGAUCUCACAAUUACUUUAUAUCAAAUCAGGUACUGUAUUUCCACUUACUAAAACACGGUCUUCUGUUUGUAAACUAUAGUCUCCAGUAGAGAAUUGCUGUUCCAGAAAAAUUAAGCUUUUCAGUACAUUUAGCAAUUUCCAACAUAAUUAUGUUCACCCAGUAAUAGAGUUCUUUGUGUAUUUUGUAUUGUGUGUUACUCUGACUUUUAAAAGAUUACCAAUCCUUCAAAAGAGAAAAAGAGAGAUGAGUAGAGCCUUGCUUAAUAUUUUUUGUGGAAGAAUAUAUACUAACUCCUGAUUUUGUUAAUUUUGUAACAUAGGUCGAAUGUUAGAGUGGGGUUUUUAUAAGUAACGGAGGAUAAAAUGGGUGGGAGGAAGUGGCAGCCGGCAUCUGAAGAAAGACCAGAAAGACUGCGGCGGCGGCCUCUAGCGCUCGCGCAUCCCCGUUGCAGAGCCGGAGCUGGGCAUUGACUCGGAUCCUGAGGAAUCACCUGGAAGCUCAUCCCAGAGACAAGGAGUCUACGUCAGACAGUAGACUGCAGUACUCCAUUCCAUAGGUUAUGCAUUAUCAUGUGUUAUAAUCAACAUGUUUACUUGAAUAAAGAAAAAAUUCACUUAACUCUCACCUGUGAAAUGUAUUUUGAUUUUUAAUUUGUGCACCAGGUAGCUCACAUUGCCAUAAUUACCUUUUAUUUUUUUCUUAUUCAUGUUACUAUGAAUUAUACAUAUUUCCAAACAUACUUUAAAGUGUUUUGUUUUUUUUUAAUUUUUAUUUUACUGAUUUUAGAGAGGGAGGAAGGUACGGGGAAAGAGAAAUGUCCAUUUUUUGUUCCACUUAUUAUAUGUGUUCAUGUAUUCUUUGGUUGAUUCUUGUUGCACCCUGACUGGGGAUUCAACCCGCAACCUUGGCACAUCAGGAUGAUGCUGUAACCAGCUGAGCUACCAGGCUAGGGCUAAUGACUGAAGUUUUAAAAUAUAUUUUAAGCCUUUACCCAUGCGAUAAAGGUCAGUUAUUGCAUUUGUUCCUGAAAUGAACAAUUAUUUUAAAUUGUAGUCAUUUGGUUAUUGGCAUACAUGCUUAUAAUGCAUGCCCCAAAUGACUUAUAUUAAUAGCUAUAUGCAACUGUGUUGCAUACCUUGAUUACUAAUGGCAUUUUAACAAAUGAGCUAACUGAAUCUGAUGAUCUGUUUAUUGUAGAUCAAUAGUAUUAGAAAAUAGUACCUAUUUUUGUGAAUAUUUUUCUUUACUGAUUGGUCUUGAUAAACUCUGCCCUCAAGGAUGAGCAUUAAUUCCUUUGUUUAAUGUAUGUAUUUACUGGCUAACAUCAGAUGUGAACAUAUCUCUUUUUGUCAGUACCUCUGUUUGCACAUUGGUUUCAACCUGUAUACUUCUGAGUUUGAAAAGUUCUUGUAAGAUUAGCUAAGACCAAAAAUAAAAACUCUCUCCUCUGUA